GUGCGUUCAUUUCACUCUCGUGCGUCGUCCCGUGCGGUCGUGAACGGUUGUCCUUCUGACCAAGUUGGUCCACUGGUUUGGUGAUUCCGUAUCCGUGUAAAAGCAGUUGAGUGUAGUGUCCACAAGCAGCAACUGGAAUAAAAAUGCAAUAAACAAAACAAAACCAAAAAACCCCCCGAAAAACACAUUCAGUGCGAUUGAAUGAUCGAAUUUUCACACAUCUGUUUGCUUUCGUUUUGUGUAGGAGCAGCGCAUUGGAGCUAAGAAAUACAAAAUAGGAAGCGUAAAUAAAUAAUGUUCUAGUUGUGCCAGCGAACCAAAAAACGGAAAUAACACCAACGAAGGAAACGCGCGGAAGAAAAAGAAAAAUACCAACGCCAUUUGAAAGGAUUACGCGCGGCGCGUUUUUCGAUACAGCGGCAAAGUGUGAGUGUUGUGUGAGGCGUUGGCUGUUUAUUGCUUUUUCGUGAAGUGAAGUGAGCUUUUUGUACCGAGCCGAGCUUCCCGUUGUUGGGAGGAUAUUUUUCGUUAUUGUUUUGUUUUAUCGUCCCGUCUUAAAACAUCAAAAUUUCUUCACUGUCAGCGACCGCGCCACCGGCUACUAAGGAAGAAGGAAAAAAUCCCGAAGUGUGCGUUCGCGGUGGUGGUGUUUUUCACCAAACCCUCAGCGGGAAAGCGGCCUUCCCUUUUUUUGCGGCAGAACGUGCGUUGGUCGGUCGGCCGGUUGCAGUGCACCGUGAAGUGCACCGGGAGUUGCAUCAGCAUCGAUCGUAAAUCGACAAACUCUGGGAACGGAGUGAAAAUAAAGUAGCACAGUUCUCUUCGACCACAUACACACUCGCACUCGGUGUAGUCGUUGGCGAUGGCGGCGCAGUACGUGCUGUUUGCGGUGUUGCUGAUGCCGCUGGGUGUGCUGAUUGGGGGCGCGUACGGUGGUUCCUGCCGGGAGGCCACCCUCUGCUGUAAUGGGCGCGAUUCGUCGUGCGUCGUACAGAAGGCACCGCUGAACGCGAUCAUCGAGGACCUGAACGAUAAGCCGUGCUACUGUGAUCACGCCUGCCUGAAGCUGGGCGACUGCUGCGAAGACUUCAAAUCGCACUGCGGAGUGAUCGACUGCAUCGUCAGUGAAUGGGGCCAAUGGAGCGAAUGUGACACGGCCUGUGGCAACGGUAUGAUGUCGCGCACUCGCAUCAUUGAGCAGAAACCACAAAAUGGUGGCAAACACUGUCCGUCGCUGGUGCAGAAACGUGGCUGCCAGGGCCUGAAAUGUCACAACCAUCACGACCGGAAGGCACUGCGAGAGACUGCACUGCUGCUACCGGCUGCCCUGUCCAAGAGCCGCCACGAGAACGAUACCAGCGACAUUCGGCGAAAUCUACGAUUGCGCUACAAGAACGCAUUCAAGCACAACCGAGGAAAUGAGUACUGCGUGGAGUUCGAGGUAAUCAAAGCGACCAAGGCAUGUCACAAGGACAACACCUACCGUGGACUGGCCGAGGGUGAGCGGGUAAUCAUUCGCUGCGACCUGGAAGCACUGCACGAGGACAAAUCGGUCGAUACGCUGUCGAGCAACUCGGUGCAGGACGAUGAGGAACCGGAAACGCCCAAGUACCGCUGUCGGGGUGAUGGAUUGACGGGGCGCAACACACGCUUUACAACGCUCGCCAUGCCGGCCUGUCGGGGCAAGUGGAUGCGUCUUACCGUGGGUCAACCGAAAAAGUGUCCCUCCAGCGACGCUCAGUUCAUUUUCGUCUAAAGUGUGCGUUAUACUACUCGAGGAACUUCUUUCUAUUUCACCUUUCCAUACCGUCUUCCCCCGGGGGUGGGUUAUUGGGCUGAAUCUUAAGAUUCGCACGAUACGAACGCCCACGGACCCGCUUGUUCUGCGGGUUGACACACACACACACACACAUACCGCAUAUCACCCGCAAAACCUGACCCAUAAGUUGGGCGCCAAAUUGUCUAAGCUUAUCGGCACUCGACACACGCUCCGAAAAAAAUUCUCCACUACGGUUCUCCACUUAGUGUAGUGCUACGUUUAUUUACCCCGAUCGAUCCCUUGAGUGUGUUUUAUUUCCCUUUCCCUGGCAGGCAGCGACACACAAAUGCCCAACGCAAAAUUAGGAAGGCGGUGCGUAUAGGCGUAGAUACUAACACGAUUAAGUAAAUUGUACUUCUCUACCAAUAUACACUCACACACACAUACAACUCACGCAAUACCAGGGAAGCAGACGAACGAGUUAAGAUUAAAAUUUACAAAUAACAAGGAAAAGGGACACCUAAAACACGCACACAAGAUACGCAAUGCAUUACUUACAGUGUAAAAGAACGCUAGAAUAGUGUUCUGUUAAGAGUAAAAAAAGAAAAGAAAGAAUAAAUAAACCGUCUGUGAGGAUAAGUCUAAAGGAAAAAGAAAAAAACACACUAGACUAAAACAGGCAGCCAUGAUGUUGUGAAGCAAAGCAGUGUAAACACAUUUGUUUCGCAUCACACACUGCUCCCGAUCUGUUCGUUUAUUCAGUCGUUUCGUUUAAUAGUUUCGUAUUUUUUUAAUUUUUGCUUCAAAUCGACACUUCUUUCGAUUCGAUUACUAUGGAAACUCUUGUAAGAAACCGAAGGCAACAUCAGGCACAAAAAAACACACGAUUCCCUUAUCGAAGCAAAAAACAAAAUGAACAUCUACUUAACUGUAAAUAGUAUUUUAUUAGACUAUUUUUAUAUGCCAUUAAGCCGGUUAAAUAAGAAACUGAAGUAUUUAUUAAAAAUAGGAAAAAAAACAAUAA